UAAGAUCAAUAAGCUACAUUUUAUCUACUAAGGUUGGUAAAGUUAAACGACGAACACGCACCAUUCAUCAAGAGCUGAAUCCGGUUUGGAACGAAAAAUUCUAUUUCGAAUGCCACAAUUCCACAGAUCGCAUAAAAGUACGAGUUUGGGAUGAGGACAAUGAUCUGAAGUCAAAAUUAAGACAAAAGUUGACGCGAGAGAGCGAUGACUUCCUUGGACAGACCGUAAUUGAAGUGCGAACACUGUCAGGAGAGAUGGACGUUUGGUACAAUCUCGAAAAGCGCACGGACAAAUCGGCAGUUUCGGGUGCAAUUCGCCUGCACAUUUCUGUAGAGAUCAGAGGAGAGGAGAAAUUGGCAUCGUAUCAUGUACAGUACACCUGUUUACAUGAACAUCUUUUCCAGGCGAUGUGCAUAGAGAACGAUGAGCUCAAACUGCCAGAUGCUAAAGGUGAAGAUAGUUGGAAAGUCUAUUUUGAUGAUGUUGGUCAGGAA